AUGGAUGUCUCCCAUCCGGAGAUGCUCUGGAUCGUCAUCACUUCGGGUAUUGUGAGCGGAUUCUUGGCACUGUCUAUCGGCGCAAACGAUGUGGCUAAUGCGUUCUCUACGUCUAUAGGGAGCGGCUCGCUCAAACUUCGCGGCGCUAUUUCGAUCGCCGUUGUCUUUGAGAUUCUAGGUGCCCUUCUACUAGGAGGAUCUGUUACCGAUGCUAUACGCAAAAGAGUGCUAAACUUCAAUGCGUUCAAAGAUGCGCCCGAGGAUCUCGCAAUGGGUAUGAUGUGCUCAACUGCCAGCGCAACCAUUUGGUUGUUAUUUGCCACAUUCUCUGGGAUGCCAGUAUCUACGACACACUCUAUUAUUGGGGCCCUCGCAGGAUUCGGCGUCGCUUCCGGGCGUGUAAAUAGCGUUCGAUGGCUGCAAAUGUUCUAUAUUAUGCUUUCGUGGAUCGGUGUGCCUCUUAUUGCUGUUGUGGUCAGCUGCACCAUGUACCUGUUGCUGCAGGAAGCCAUACUGAAGCGACAACAAUCAUACAAAGUAUUGUAUUACACGCUUUGGUUUCUGCUUGCCAUCACGUCGAUCCCACUGGUUAUAUUCUUAGCGUUCGAUACCCCACUCAUGAAGGUAAAGGUCGAAGAGGGGUUAUUGCAUGACUACCAGCAAUGGUUUAAUGCAUCUCACGGCAAUAAGGCCGCAGUUGUCGUCAUUAUAAUGGCUUGUUUGCUUGCAAUAGCCGUCCCGUUUGUAUAUAUCUGUGGAUCCAUGCGAAAUAAGGCUGGGUGGUCAUUCCUGGAAAGUCAGAAUGACACAAACAAAGAAUUCGGAGUGAAACGCAACUCAUCAUCACGACACAUACCUUCAGAAGACAGGUCUCAUUCUAUGGAACUCAAAGUAGGAAGAAGCAAACUUGAGAUCGUUGAGAUCUCCAACAUGGGGACCUCGAGGUCUGCCUACGAAAGCUUGUUACAAAGCGCCGUAGAAGACGAAGAGGACGCUCAACGAAUUGCACAAAACACAAAGCAAACGGAUAGCCAUAAGACGGAGGUUAUGUUCUCAGCGAUGCAAAUUAUCGGUGCCGUUACCGUCAUCAUAUCCCACAGUGCAAACGACACGGCGAAUGCUGUGGCUCCCUUCGCAACUGUGUUGAUGCUUUAUAUGCAUGGAAUCGAAAAAAGCAAUGAUUUUACGCCCUGGUAUAUUCUACUUGCCGGGGGCCUGUGCAUGGCCGUUGGCCUGGCGCUAUUCGGAUACAGGGUAAUCAAAACGGUGGGACUGAAACUUACUCGUGUGACUCCCUCGAGGGGUUACACGAUUGACACGACGGCGGGAAGCAUCGUGCUUGUACUCAGUCAGUUGGGCGUACCACUCAGCUCCACUCAUUCCGCUGUUUCGAGCAUACUAGGUGUAGGGCUUGUGGAAAAUUUGAAGACACAGGACUCAAACGAAGAGGUACCGGUAAUAGAGCUGAAGCCUCCCUCAAAUAAGUUUUGGGCGAAGUUCCCCAUUUUCAAACGCAUUUCUACAAAGGGUGUUAACCUGAUGUUGUACCGAAAAAUUUUCGUUACUUGGAUCACAACGAUUUUCUGCAGCGGCAUAAUGUCGGCGAUCAUAUACAUCGUGGUGAUAUUUUGCCAUAAAGCCAUUUCCGGCAGGGAUGGCGUGCCAACGGUGUAA